UCGGAUGAGGAGCGAGGGGAGGAAGCCGACCGGCGACCCCCAGGGCCCGGGACGGGGCAGUGGGUGGCCAGUGACUAAAGGAUUGACCCGGAAGUGAGAAGUUGGAGACAGUGCGGACUUCUCUGGAAAGCCUUUAUUGAAAACGUAGGGGAAUUAGAUGGUAGAUAGAGGAAGACAAAGGACUAAGAGGAAGUUUUGAUGGUUUCUUCAAAAUGGGGAAAACUUGAGAGUGAGGCUGACGUAAAGGAUCCGGUAGAGUUAGAGAGGAGUGGGGCGACUGGGUCGCUCAGUCUGUUAACGUCCGACUUUGGCUCAGGGGGAGCAGCCUCUGGGAGUGACAGUUCUGACAAGAAGGCUCAGGGUCCCAAAGGUGGUGGCAAUGCAGUAAAGGUCAGACACAUUCUGUGUGAAAAACAUGGGAAAAUCAUGGAAGCCAUGGAAAAGUUGAAGUCUGGAAUGAGAUUCAAUGAAGUGGCCAUACAGUAUAGUGAAGAUAAAGCCAGGCAAGGGGGUGACUUGGGUUGGAUGACCAGAGGUACCAUGGUGGGACCAUUUCAAGAAGCAGCAUUUGCCUUGCCCAUAAGUGGGCUGGAUAAGCCUGUGUUUACAGACCCUCCAGUUAAGACAAAAUUUGGAUAUCAUAUUAUUAUGGUUGAAGGGAGAAAAUAAAAUUGUAUGGAAAACUGACA